AUGGCGGAAGUUCCAAUCACCACUUCGAAUCAAAGGUCUCAAGUGGCUAUAAAUAUAGCUAAUUAUUUGAAGGAUAAUAAAAUUUUGAAGCAAAGAACAGGUUUGUUGAAUAACUCUGAAGAUGUGGAAUUUUUCAGAUAUAAGAGAUUAGCCAGAGCGUUAUUAAGUGACGACUAUAAGACUAAACAAGCAAAUCAUAAGAAUGGAUUGAUUCCAAUUGCUGACGAACAAGAAGCUGCAAAAGUGUUUAUUACAUUAAUUCAAAGUCAAUUUGUUAUUCCAGUAGAAAAGUUACAUUAUAAUGAAAUUAAGCAAGCAAAUAAGAGCUGGAAGCCAAAUAAGACCAAGCCAACAUUAAAACAAUCGACCAAGGCCAAUAUAGAGCCAAAUGCGUAUUUUGUUUGGACCUAUAAUAAGCCAAACCCAUUCAUUUUACUAUACAGUAUUUUAUUGCUUGUGGGUAUAUUUACUAUUAUUUUAUUCCCAUUAUGGCCUAACUUUAUGAAGAUUGGCGUAUGGUACUUGUCUAUGGGAUUACUAGGCUUGUUAGGUUUAUUUUUUUUGAUUGCCAUCAUUAGAUUGAUCAUUUACAUAAUUACAUUGCUUGUCUUGCCAAGAGCAUUUUGGUUGUAUCCUAAUUUAUUCGAAGAUUGCGGUGUUCUCGAAAGUUUCCAACCAUUGUACGGAUGGGACGAACCAAAAAAAUCCAAGAAGGGCAAGUCUAGUAAGUCGGCAUCAAAGCCUGAGACAGAAAGCUCUGGAGCUGCUACUGGUGUCAAGCCAGCAGAAAACGCCCCAACUAAACGUAAAGUUGUAUUAGAAGAAGUUGACGAGUAG